UUAGAGAGUGCAGUAAGCCUCGUUUUCUGUUUGAUUUGUGGAGGUGGAGAUAUCUUACAGUCUUUCAUUCUUCACAGGGUUACACAUCAUUCUGGAAUGACUGUAUCUCCUCAGGAUUGCGUGGUUGUAUGUUAAUUGAAUUGGCACUGCGAGGGCGGCUUCAGCUAGAGGCUUGUGGAAUGAGGCGCAAAAGUCUACUAACAAGAAAGGUGAUUUGCAAGUCAGAUGCUCCUACAGGGGAUGUUCUGCUUGAUGAAGCUCUGAAGCACAUAAAAGAGACACAGCCUCCUGAAACAGUACAAAAUUGGAUUGAACUGCUUAGUGGUGAAACAUGGAACCCACUGAAGUUGCACUACCAACUACGAAAUGUCCGUGAGCGGUUAGCUAAAAAUCUAGUGGAAAAAGGUGUAUUGACAACAGAGAAACAGAACUUCCUCCUUUUUGACAUGACCACGCACCCUCUCACCAACAACAAUAUCAAACAGCGCCUCAUCAAGAAGGUUCAGGAAGCAGUUCUUGACAAAUGGGUGAAUGACCCUCACCGCAUGGACAAGCGCUUGCUGGCACUUGUUUACUUAGCCCAUGCUUCAGAUGUUCUGGAGAACGCUUUUGCCCCCCUUUUGGAUGAGCAGUAUGAUUUAGCCACAAAGAGAGUGCGUCAGCUUUUGGAUUUAGACCCUGAGGUUGAGUGUAUGAAAGCCAACACGAAUGAGGUUCUGUGGGCUGUUGUAGCAGCUUUCACUAAGUAACUGCAUUCAGACUGAAGUGUUCUCUCUUUCAUGUAAACCAGUUGUUUAGUCUUCUAUUGACUCUUCAUGUUUUCUGUAAUUUGUACCUUCUCACAUGAUGAAUCGGCUUUUGUUUAAUGGGAAUUAUAAGCGGUGUAUUCCCUCCUUCUCUGUGUAUCUGUAUGCAGGAUUCUGCUGGUACAAGAGACUCUCCUGUUUAAAAACAACAGAAAAAGGUUUUACUGCCAUAUUGGCAUUCCAUUUCCUAUUCAGUUGGAGUUAUCAGAAAUACUUUGUUUAAUCUAUUUUUCAUCUUAUUGUUACCGAAGUGGUUUAAAUCACCAAAGCUCCGUGUUGAAGUGUCUUUCAGGACAUUUUGUACACAGAUGUGUUUCAAUUAUAUCUAACAAAAUUACUUUAAAAGCAGAAAUGCCAUUAAGCAGCUUUGUCAAUAGUUCUUGUAAAAUGCCCCAUUAAUUUUACUUUUUAUGUAAGUCUCUUGUGUACUUUUAAUUAGAAUGAUAGCUGAGUCAUAAGGCUAGUAUGGAAAGGUCCAGUUGUUUCAUAAACCAGUUUUGGGAUGGGAUACAUUCCAUUAUAUUGUAUAUAUAGUUCAAAUUGUAUAUUAACAACUGCCCCAUCUUAGUAUUUUGCAAGAUCUACUUAGUUGUACACCUGAUGCCCCUUAUUUGUUGUCAGCCAUUGCCAUUCAAUUGAAAGAGAGGCCUCCUGUGAAGAGCAUGUAUGUGAAAGCUGUUUGUUUCCAAUGUCUGCAGAGUUUGCCAUCCAGGUAUUCUCAGUCUGUGCAUUGCCUUUGAUAAUUAAGUGUACAGAAGGAGACUGCUUUCUAUCACUGUUUGUACUUUGUUUUGUUAAUUAUUUUCUUCUCCCUCUUUUAUGGAAGAGUGACCAGUACAAUUCUCGAGUGCAGUUUUUUAUUUCAUACACAAAUUAAUGUUUUUCUCUUAAAUCUCAUAAUCUGUUUUAUACUUCAAAAGCAAAAAUUCAGUCCUAGCAGUUGUUGCAUGUAAACAGUUAGCAAAUAAUGACUGCAGUUCAGACAAUUAAGAUUUCUGUCAUGGGA